AUGAUUUCCAGUUUCGUUGCUACCGCGACUUCACUCUUCCUGCUGCUCUCGCCUGUCGCUUCACUGUGUUCAUCGGAACAAGGUGUUGCGGCGACCCUGCUAUCCAGGCCGGCGCUGAGAGCUAACAAUACUCUAGAUGUGCAGUUCCCCUCUGUCGGCUUCCCAUCGGGCCAUGUGCCAGUGGCAACUCUACCGAUGACAAGAGCACUCAAAGAACAAGGGAAUGUCAUGUGUGCGCCUACAGUUGUAGAGGCUCACGGUGUGUGUAAAAGGCUCAGACCUGUGCAGAAACCCUACCCUUGUAAAAAACAGGUCGUCGACAAGAUAUGUGAGGCAGUGCCAACAACCAUACAGAAAAUGUGCACGAAAACGGUCCACGAAAAGAAACCUUUCAGGUGCGAAAGAAUCGAAUACAAGAGCGAAUGCAUGCAAACCGUAGAGAAGGUUCGGGAUAAGUGUGUCCAGACUGUAAUCAAAUCAGAGACGUACCCGUGUCCCAAGGUCGACUACGCGACACAGUGCUCGUCCCGCCCAGUGUUGGUGCCAUCUGUUUGUAAACGUGAGGUGCAAAAGGAAUUCCAGUACCCAUGUGAAAAGAUCGUGUCGGAAGAGCAGUGCUCGGACACAGAGGUGCGCGUGGACCAGAUAUGCGAGGAGGAAGUCAUCGUGCAAGAAAAGUAUGAUUGCAGCAAAACAGUUUACGUCAAGAAAUGCGAGCCGGCCGCUUCUCCGCGAUUGACUUCUUUGUCAGAAGAAAUGCCUUCGGAUGCUAGUGAAAGAUCGAAUGAUGGAGAGGAGGGAAGACGGCGCCUGCGGCUUAAGAACGUUGACAAGGGUGACACUCUUGUUUUGCCAAUGCCAGCAACGGAAGCCCAUUUAUCUUUCGAGAUAUGCACAGACGUCCCACAUGUUAAGCGAAAGACAUGCACGCGCGACGUGGUCAAGAAGAACAGGACGCCUUGUGCGAUGACAAAAAAGGUUCCCAAGUGUAGCAUAGAAGUGAAGACGAUUCAACAAACAUGUACAACAAUGAAAAAGGUCGUAGAACCGUAUGCAUGUACCAAGACGGAAAUUAAAGAGGAGUGCUCUACGGUUAAGAAGGACAUUGAGGACACCUGCAGCCGCGAUGUGCCAGUGGAGGAGAAGGGGCCGUGUGAAAUUGACAUAUUCAAGAACGAGUGUGUCCCCGUUCAAGUUCGCAUCCCUGAUGUCUGUUUCGAGGCAAGACCGAAAACAGAAGUUUACGACUGUUCUGAAAAAGUAGUCAAGUCUGUAUGCCGCGAAGAGCUGAAAGAAGUUAAUGAGCAGUGCAUGCAGACAGAGUAUACAGAAGUGGAAUACGAGUGUACUCAUAAAGAACACGUGGACAAGUGCUUGCCUGUUGACGUUCCUGCAAAAAGUCAGAAAUUUUCAGCUUAUUCGCCCCCUAAGAAGGAAGAACUAUAUAUGAGUGUCCGGCCAAGCCCGGCAGAAAGCGUCAUAAAGGAUUCAACUCUUCGACGAAAAAAGAUGCUACUCAAAGAGAAACUGCACACACUUGGCGACCCUGACCUCACGGACGACGGGAAAGGGCAAGGCGAGACGAAUGCUGACGAAGAACUGCCUUCUGCGCUGGAAAGCGGAGAAGCAGGGUAA